AGAUAUAUUCUCUAGUUGAAAAAGGAUAAUAUAUUCUCCUAGAUAAUAAGUUAAAAAUUGAGUGCUUCUCUUCUCCAUCUACUUCGCUAGCUCUCUUUUCAUCAUCAAUAAAGUGAAAGGCAACGCAUAGAAGAUCCAUCACUCACAAACAAAAGCAAAAGCAGAGGAAAAGUCUCAAAAACAUUCUUCUCUUUGGCCUUUACUCAGAAACCACACAUAUAUCUUCCCCUAGCUUUCUCUUUGUCCGAAGUCAUGGACGCUACGAAGUGGACACAGGGCUUUCAAGAAAUGAUGAACGUAAAACCAAUGGAGCAAAUCAUGAUUCCCAAUAACAACACACAUCAAUCAAACACCACGUCCAGUCCAAGGCCAAACAACAUUCUCACAUCUAACGGCGUCUCAGCCUCUGGAGCCACCGUCUCUGGCGUAAGAAGCAACAACAACAAUACGGCGGUUGUGGUAGAGAGGAAAGCAAGACCACAAGAGAAACUAAACUGUCCAAGAUGUAACUCAACCAACACAAAGUUUUGUUACUACAACAACUAUAGUCUAACACAACCAAGAUACUUCUGCAAAGGUUGUCGAAGGUAUUGGACCGAAGGUGGAACUCUUAGGAAUGUUCCUGUCGGAGGAAGCUCAAGAAAGAACAAGAGAGUGCCUUCUUCUUCAUCAUCAAACAUCCUUCUUACAACACCAUCUUCACUUGGUUUGACUACAACACUUCCAGAUCUUAACCCACCAAUUCUCUUCUCAAACCAAAUCCCUAAUAAAUCAAAAGGGUCAUCACAAGAUCUCAACUUGUUGUCUUUCCCAGUCAUGCAAGAUCAACAUCAGAAUCAUCAUGUUCACAUGUCUCAGUUUCUUCAAAUGCCUAAGAUGGAAGGAAAUGUCAACAUAACUCAUCAUCAGCCUUCAGCUCUUGAGCUUUUAAGAAGAGGAGUUAAUGUUUCUUCAAUCUCAUAUAUGCCUUCUGGUCCAGUGAUGGAUUCAUCAAGCAAUGUGAUGUACACUUCCUCAGGGUUUCCAACAAUGGUGGAUUACAAGCCAAGUAGUCUCUCUUUCUCUACUGAUCAUCAAGGGACUGGACACAACAACCACAAUAGGUCUGAUGAUACUCAUCAUCAAGGUAGGGUUAUGUUUCCAUCUGGGGAUCAAAUGAAGGAGAUUACAUCAAGCAUAACACAAGAAGUUGAUCAUGAUGAUAAUCAACAACAGAAGAGUCAUGGUAAUAAUAAUAAUAAUAAUUCUUCAAGCCCUAAUAAUGGAUACUGGAGUGGGAUGUUCAGUACUACAGGAGGAGGAUCUUCAUGGUGAAGCAAAAUGAUAUCAGAAGAGAUUAUGAAAUAAGAUUUUCUAAUUCUCUUUCAUGAUCUUUUGCCUUACAUAGUCACAUGGGGACCUUUAGUUAAAGUUGUCAGAACAUAGCUAACACAACAGUCUAUUAUUCUUUUUAGGUUUUUAUUUUGUUUAAAUCAAUAUUUAUUUUUAAAUGCUAUAUAGUAUGAUGGUGAUUUGGGUUGGUUUGGUCACUUUGGUUUAUUGAUAUGGAUAUGUAUGAGAGUUGUGUAUGGGUAGAAGAAUACGUGAAUACGAAUCUCUUUGAGUGUUACAUAAUAUGUAUUCAUUGUUUCGUCUA